AGAGCAGCUUUUAGCUCUUAGGAGGCUGAUCUCAGUCCCUGUCCGGUCACCAGCACUCAGUGCGCAGUCUCUGCUUCUCUCCCUCCUCCCCCAUGCUUUGCUCUGGCUCUUUGUCUGGAGAGGUGAGGGUGUGGUCAGUUUCCACCUCCACCUGUGUGGGAUGUUUCCAGGCUCACUUCGGAGCCACGGAGUCUCUCACCUUCCUGGAUGAAGGACGCAUGCUGCUGAGCGCUGGCUCAGAUCACAUGCUCCGCCUCUGGUCAGGAGGACUUGGACGUUCAGUCACUACUUUUAAACGUGAAGAAGUAAGUGACAGAUGCGAACUGGAGCCUCCUCAGAAGAAACGGAGGUCUCCAACCUCUGGACCUGCUGCUCUGUGUGUGGCUGUUAAUGGAGACUAUACUGCUGUGGGAUACCAUGGUGAUGGCGUCAAACUCUUCACUAUUGACUCAGGUAAUAAGAUCUGGGCCUCCCAGAACCUUGAUGUGUCCAUACUGUGCCUGCUGUGGGUCGUCCUGAAUGCAGAGCAGAGCGAACCUGAGCUGCUGGUGUCUGGAGGAAGUGACAAACGUCUGAGGGUCUGGAAGAGGGAAGGAGGAGAGGAGGGAAUGCUGGGAGGCCUGAAAAUGUUGGGAACGUUUGGUGUGCAAACAGGCGCCAUCCUGGCAUUGGCACAAAACUCCACAUACCUGGCUACAGCAUCAGAUGACUUCACCAUUGUUCUGUGGUUGCUGAGCGAACUGGCCCUCGACCCCCACAUUAAGCCUCAUGCAUAUCUGAGGGGCCACAGUGGAGGAGCCACCUGUCUGGCUUUCAGUCCUGAUGGUGAACAGCUGUUGUCCGGUGGAAAAGAUCAGGCCCUGAUGGUGUGGGAUGUGAGUGUGUCUCCUGCUGUUCUCUCCAAGUCUCUCCCUCACUCUCACAGAGACUGGAUCACCAGCUGUGUUUGGACUCCAGACUGUGUGAUUAGCUCUUCAAACGACGGGAGGCUUUGUUUAUGGGAUCUGCAGGCGGGCCAACGUCUCAGAGAAAUCUCCUGGAGGAGUCCUCUUACAUCUGUUUGCUGUGUGGGGCAGUAUGUGGUGGCUGGCUGUGCAGAGGGAGCGCUACACGUUUGGACCUGGGAAGCAAGCACAGAAAUCUGCCACAUUGCUGCACACAAGCAGCGUAUACACCACUGCUCUCUCCUACCAAAUACAAAUGAGAACAAAGAAGUCAACGCCGAAGACAUGACUGUUUUCACUGCGUCUGAUGAUGGCACAGUGCAGCUGUGGAAACCGCUACAGGUGGAGCACUUCAGCACCUUACACGGUCACAACGGUGCGAUAUGUGGAAUUCUGGGAGUCGCAAAGAAGGACUCCCAGAAUUCCUCUCUGUUUCUGAAGACUGCUCACUGCGAUGCUGGACAUGGACAACAGAGGAUCCUUCCUGCCUCAGAGGCCAAGUCACAGCUCUGUGCUACUCCCAGACGGAUGAUUUGGUUCUGGCUGGUUAUGAAUCUGGUUUUCUGGAAUUAUGGCAGCACAACACUGUGGUUGGCCACAAGCAGGUUUCAGACAGCAUCAUCACAGCGGCCUGUUCCAUGCCUGACAGCCAGUUUGCUGUCAGCUACAUGAAACAUAACGUUGAUGUGUGGAAGCCGGUGUGGAAUCAACAACAUAGCACUGCAAGCCUGGUGAAAGUAGCCACGUACAUGGUGGAGGAGCCAGUGGUCCGCCUCUACUACUGCUCAGUUCUUCUCGGUGUAUCAAACGCUGGGACAAUAUUUAACGUUAACGGGACUGGAGGAGAGGGAGAGGAGGACGUUG